AUGUCGUCCCACGUGCUCUCCAAACCGGAGGACAUCGACACCAAGUCUAUCAUCUCCUUGCAAGAAUUAGACCCAUCGCCUGUCCAUGACAUUCUGGAUGUUGAAAGCGGCGAAUACUUCCCUAGGGCCGCCUCUCCUACGCAACAUGGAGCUGGAAUUUCAAUCCCCAAACUAGGCGGGCAUCGCUGGGAUUCAUGGCUCACCGGUAUUCAAAAAUACUCAACCUACCCACCUUCGGCUUUCUUCAUCCUACAUCUCGCCAACACCUCUCUUAUCCCACUCGUGACUCGCUCCGUUCCCGCGAGUGAAUCCUACCUUUUACUCACACGACCCAUAUACCAGGCCCCCGGGCUUGAGCAUCUUGUCUUGACAAUUCCUAUACUUGCGCAUAUUGCCUCAGGAAUUGCUCUCCGCAACAUUCGUGCUACGCGCAGAGCACGUCUGUACGGUGCCGAGACUCGCGCACAGCGAAACACGUUAUACUUCUGGCCGCGGAUGUCUUUACAGGCACGCACUGGAUACUUUGUCGCGCCGCUGAUUGGAUUCCACGUAUGGGUCAACCGUGCCACGCCAUUGAUUGUCGAAGGAGGAAGCUCUGGCGUGGGACUUGGGUAUAUUGCCCAUGGCUUUGCUCGGAGCCCUGUCUUCUGGAAUGUAUUCUAUUUCUUCUUUGUGACUGCCAGUGUGUGGCACUUUGUUGGUGGCUGGGCGACCUGGAUGGGCUGGAGAGUGACCACAGCGCGCAAGGAGCGUAGCCAAAAAGGCUCGUUGGAUGGUUACCUUGGACUUACAGAAAUGAAGUCGAAGAGACAGCGUAAGAUGUGGUGGGUUGUCAAUGGAGUCGCGGCUGCUAGCACGGCUCUCUGGCUUGCAGGUGCGCUCGGGGUUAUUGGACGUGCCGGCGAAGGCGCGGGCUGGGAGGCCAAGGGGUGGAACGAGAUGUAUAAUCAUGUCCCGAUUAUUGGGGAGUGGCUGUGA